UUUCUCCCUCUGGAGACCUCUCUGAGGCUCUCCCUAUCACUGUUCGCAUCUCUGUCCCCAUCCCUCUGUCUCUGGAUUCACAGAGUCUGUCUCCACCUGCCUGUCACUCUGUAUCUCUGUAUCUCUUAUUUCUUUUUUCUGUCUCCGGCUGUCUCUAUGUGGGAUUCCUUGUCUCUCUGCCCCUGCCUUCCCCCUCCUCUCUGAAGCCUGGGUCUCUGUGUCCCUUAGAGACCCUUCUCUUCCCUGAAGCCACCUGGAGGAGAGCCAGAACUGGACCCAGCCAGGGCUGAGACAAUGGCAGUGCCCAGACUGUGGCCCUGGGGAGCACGCCUGCUCGUGAUCUUCCUCUCUUGGGGAUCCGGCCUGGACACACUAGAGGUGUGCCCCAGCCUGGACAUCCGCUCAGAGGUGGCAGAGCUGCGUCGGCUGGAGAACUGCAACGUGGUAGAGGGCCACCUGCAGAUCCUGCUCAUGUUCACAGCCACAGGGGAUGAUUUCCGCGGCCUCAGUUUCCCGCACCUCACCCAGAUCACCGACUACCUGCUGCUCUUCCGUGUCUACGGCCUGGAGAGCCUUCGCGACCUCUUCCCCAACCUAGCAGUCAUCCGAGGCACCCGCCUCUUCCUGGGCUAUGCGCUGGUCAUCUUUGAGAUGCCACACCUGCGUGACGUGGGGCUGCCCGCACUGGGGGCCGUGCUGCGUGGGGCUGUGCGCGUGGAGAAGAACCAGGAGCUGUGCCACCUCUCCACCAUUGACUGGGGCCUGCUGCAGCCGGCGCCUGGUGCCAACCACAUCGUGGGCAACAAGCUGGGUGAGGAGUGUGCUGACGUGUGCCCUGGUGUGCUGGGUGCUGCUGGCGAACCCUGUGCCAGGACUACUUUCAGCGGGCACACCGACUACAGGUGCUGGACCUCCAGCCACUGCCAGAGAGUGUGCCCCUGCCCCCAUGGGGUGGCCUGCACAGCAGGGGGCCAGUGCUGCCAUGCUGAAUGCCUGGGAGGCUGCAGCCGUCCGGAAGACCCUCGUGCCUGUGUAGCCUGCCGCCACCUCUACUUCCAGGGCGCCUGCCACCGGGCCUGCCCUCCAGGCACCUACCAGCAAGAGUCCUGGCGCUGUGUCACAGCAGAACGCUGUGCGAGCCUGCGCUCAGUGCCCGGCCGCGCCUCCGCCUUUGGCAUUCACCAGGGCAGUUGCCUGGCCCAGUGCCCUCCAGGCUUCACUCGUAAUGGCAGCAGCAUAUUCUGCCACAAGUGCGAGGGGCUAUGCCCCAAAGAGUGCAAGGUAGGCACCAAGACCAUCGACUCCGUUCAGGCGGCACAGGAUCUGGUGGGCUGCACCCACGUGGAAGGGAGCCUCAUCCUCAACCUCCGCCAGGGCUAUAACCUGGAGCCGGAGCUGCAGCACAGCCUGGGGCUGGUAGAGACCAUCACUGGCUUCCUCAAAAUCAAACAUUCCUUUGCCCUCGUGUCCCUGGGCUUUUUCAAGAACCUCAAACUAAUCCGGGGGGACACCAUGGUGGAUGGGAACUACACUCUGUACGUGCUGGACAACCAGAACCUACAGCAGCUGGGGUCCUGGGUGGCCGCGGGGCUCACCAUUCCGGUGGGCAAGAUCUACUUCGCCUUCAACCCGCGCCUCUGCCUGGAGCACAUAUACCGACUGGAGGAGGUGACUGGCACGCGAGGUCGGCAAAACAAGGCUGAGAUCAACCCCCGCACCAACGGAGACCGUGCCGCCUGCCAGACUCGAACCCUGCGCUUCGUGUCCAACGUGACGGAGACCGACCGCAUCCUGCUACGCUGGGAGCGCUACGAGCCGCUGGAGGCCCGCGACCUGCUAAGCUUCAUCGUGUACUACAAAGAGUCCCCAUUCCAGAAUGCCACGGAGCACGUGGGUCCAGAUGCCUGUGGAACCCAGAGCUGGAACCUGCUGGAUGUGGAGCUGCCCCUAAGUCGCACCCAGGAGCCAGGGGUGACCCUAGCACCCCUCAAGCCUUGGACACAGUAUGCAGUGUUUGUGCGGGCCAUCACUCUCACCACUGCUGAAGACAGUCCCCAUCAAGGAGCCCAGAGCCCCAUUGUCUACCUCCGCACGCUGCCCGCAGCGCCCACGGUGCCCCAGGACGUCAUCUCCACGUCCAACUCCUCCUCCCACCUCCUGGUGCGCUGGAAGCCACCGACUCAGCGCAACGGAAACAUCACCUACUACCUGGUGCUGUGGCAGCGGCUGGCGGAGGACAGCGACCUUUACCUCAAUGACUACUGCCACCGCGGCUUGCGGCUGCCCACCAGCAACAACGACCCCCGCUUCGACCGCGAAGAUGGGGAUCUUGAGGCCCAGAUGGAGUCCGGCUGCUGCCCUUGCCAGCACUCACCUCCCGGUCAGGUCCUGCCCCCGCUGGAGGCGCAAGAGGCCUCGUUUCAGAAGAAGUUUGAAAACUUCCUGCACAACGCCAUCACCAUUCCCAAAUCCCCUUGGAAGGUGACGUCCAUCAACAAGAGCCUCCAGAGGGACUCAGGGCGGCACCGCCGGGCCGCCGAGCCCCUCCGGCUGCGGGGCAACAGCUCGGAUUUCGAGAUCCAGGAGGACAAGGUGCCCCGGGAGCGAGCGGUGCUGAGCGGCCUGCGCCAUUUCACGGAAUACCGGAUAGACAUUCAUGCCUGCAACCACGCGGCGCACACGGUGGGCUGCAGCGCCGCCACCUUCGUGUUUGCACGCACCAUGGCCCACAGAGAGGCUGAUGAUAUUCCAGGAAAGGUGGCUUGGGAGGCGGCCAGCAAGAGCAGUGUUCUCCUGCGCUGGCUUGAGCCACCAGACCCUAACGGGCUCAUCCUCAAGUACGAAAUCAAGUACCGCCGCUUGGGAGAGGAGGCCACAGUGCAGUGUGUGUCCCGUCUUCGGUAUGCCAAGUUUGGGGGGGUCCACCUGGCCCUGCUGCCGCCUGGAAACUACUCUGCCAGGGUGCGGGCAACCUCACUGGCUGGCAAUGGCUCCUGGACAGACAGUGUUGCCUUCUACAUCCCUGGCCCAGAGGAGGAGGAUGCUGGAGGAAUGCAUGUCCUCCUCACUGUCACCCCUGUGGGGCUGAUGCUGCUCAUCAUUCUUGCUGCCCUCGGUUUCUUCUAUGGCAAGAAGAGAAACAGCACCCUGUAUGCUUCUGUGAAUCCGGAGUACUUCAGCACCUCCAAUAUGUACAUCCCUGAUGAGUGGGAGGUGCCUCGAGAGCAGAUCUCCAUAAUCCGGGAACUGGGCCAGGGCUCCUUUGGGAUGGUGUAUGAGGGGCUGGCACGAGGCCUUGAAGCUGGAAAGGAGUCCACACCUGUGGCCCUGAAGACAGUGAAUGAACUGGCCAGCCCACGGGAACGCAUUGAGUUCCUCAAGGAAGCUUCUGUCAUGAAGGCAUUCAAGUGUCACCAUGUGGUGCGUCUCCUGGGUGUGGUGUCUCAGGGCCAGCCAACUCUAGUCAUCAUGGAGUUAAUGACCCGUGGAGACCUCAAGAGCCAUCUUCGAUCUUUGCGGCCUGAGGCAGAGAAUAACCCUGGGCUCCCACGGCCAGCGCUGGGGGAUAUGAUCCAGAUGGCUGGUGAGAUUGCAGACGGCAUGGCCUACCUUGCUGCCAACAAGUUUGUGCACCGAGACCUGGCAGCCCGCAACUGCAUGGUGUCCCAGGACUUCACCGUCAAGAUCGGGGACUUCGGGAUGACUCGGGACGUGUAUGAGACAGACUAUUACCGCAAGGGUGGGAAAGGGCUGCUGCCCGUGCGCUGGAUGGCCCCUGAGUCUCUCAAAGAUGGAAUCUUCACCACCCACUCGGAUGUCUGGUCCUUUGGUGUGGUGCUCUGGGAGAUUGUGACCCUGGCUGAACAGCCCUACCAGGGUCUGUCCAAUGAGCAGGUGCUCAAGUUUGUCAUGGACGGCGGCGUCCUGGAGGAGCUGGAGGGCUGUCCCCUUCAGCUGCAGGAGCUGAUGAGCCGCUGCUGGCAGCAGAACCCACGCCUGCGCCCAACUUUCACCCACAUCCUGGACAGCAUACGGGAGGAGCUGCGGCCCUCCUUCCGCCUCCUUUCCUUCUACUACAGCCCGGAGUGUGGGAGGGGCCGGGGCUCUCUGCCACCCACUGAGGCAGAGCCUGACUCCUCACCAACCCCAAGAGGGGCUUCCUCAGACUGCAGCCCUUAAAUGGGGGUCCAGGGCGCUGAGGGACACUCCGUUCCCAGCUGACUGGCCUCCCAUGGGCAGAGAGCAAGGGGUCCAACCUGUCUGACAGUGAGAUGUCUAGAUGUCUCCUGACCCCCUCUCAGACAGGCAGGGGCCGAGCAUGGUGCAGAGGGCAGGAGCAGGGAGGGGCAUCAGAGCAGCCCCACUGUAGGAAAUAGCUUCUCAGCAGUCUGAGCUCUCCAUGAGAAAGCAGGCAGGGUCACAGCCAGAGUGGAGAUCAGGCCAUGGACAAACGUCCUGCACUCAGAGUGAGGGGUAGGAAAAGAGAGCCUGCUCAGAGUAGGAAAAGAGGGCCCACCCACCCUGGAGGCAGGGUCUGGAGAACCCCACCCUCAGCUUUAGGUCUCCUGUGGACAUCUGGGGCCAUCAACACCUUAAAACCAGAUGAGCAGUCAGAACCAGGCCUGGAGCCCUCUCUGGCCAUGUUUGGGAUGCUCGGGUGGGUGUCCGUAUGACUGUGCUGCCUGCCACUGCAUUUCACUUCCUCCCUCUGCCCCAGACCAAGUGUUGUGUAGCGAACCCAGGGACCUGGGCGAGUGGUCCCCAGCCUAGCCUGCCAUCACCUCUUCCUCCCCUCUUGUCCCACCCAGGGACCCCCAAGCUUGGUGCUCCUCCUUCCUUCUCUCCAGGGGCAUCUCUUGGUGCACAUUCACCCUCUUUUCAGUCCCUUCCCCUCAAUUAUUAGCCCUGGAUUAUUAAGGCUUUACGAGCCUUGUCUUCCUCCCUCCCCUCACCCCC